AUGCCAAGUUCCGUCCUUGGCGUCGUCGUCGUCGUCGGAUUCUUAUUUCUUCAUUCCGAAUCUCGUAGUUCAUCUCCUUACAAAGCGCCUGCUGGUCUUCCUGUCGUCCUCAGUGAGUGCCGACCUUUUUGGUCUUACAAAGAGCCUGGAGACCCAGACGUGAUUUUUGUUUGUUUUUAUGAGCGUUCAAACAUUGAUUGGAUCGAGGUAUCAGUAUAAUAUGUGAUGAUCUUUGGUUUUUCAAAAAACUUUUAAGAACACAAAAAGUUGAGACGCUAUGCCUUUAUUUAUAUGUAUAUUUUUUUGUUCUAUUUCAAGUUAUAGAUUUUUCUUUUUUUGGUAAAAAUAAAUAUCUCCAAACCUUCUUGUUGCAUCAACCAUCGUUAAUCUAAAGGAGGAUAACUAAAAAAACGAUUUUCGCACUUUUUUUCUAAUUGAGAUAAUUUUUUUAGUUUAGUUUCCCACUCACAGAUUGAUCAAAUAGCUGAAUUUCUUGUAUUCAUUUAGAAAAAAAUGGAAGAAAUUUUGCGCUCAUCAAAUUAAGAAAAAUUCUUAGAAGCUUGAGGAUCCAACUAAAUUGAAACUGCUUCGAAAAAAAGGUUUUUUUCAGAAAUUUAUUAGACUCAUAAGUUUUCUAUAAAGUUUGGUAACAUAAAUAUCUUAAAACCUUCUCGUUCCAUCUAGCUUAAUACAGUUUUUAAUAACCUAGGAGUUUUCAAUCUGUCAUUUUAUUCAUAGGUUCACGAACCGAUAACACGUUUGAGCUGUCCGUUUGAAAUUAUAGUUAAGACGGAAGUUUUGAAAGUAGGACAUUUUUUGUUGUUCAUCUACACCUCAGCUCUUGGUCGAGCUUUGUUCUGUUCCAGCUCGCGACUUUUAUAUCUCGGAUUGAAAACCCUUUUCCAGUUCCUGGUGAUGGCGGCAGUCAGUUAGAGGCAAACUUGACGGGCAAACCAACGACAGUACAUUAUGUGUGUUCGAAACAGACGCCAGACUUCUUCGACCUUUGGCUCAACCUCGAACUCUUCACGCCGCUCGUUAUCGAUUGCUGGGUCGACAACAUGCAGUUCGUGUUUUUCUGUUUAAUGAAUCGUACCACGACACAACGAUUUUCUGUUGUUUUUAACUGCGAGUCGAAAUAAUGUUUGUUUUCCGGAUGAUGUUCAACAUGACGACGGGAGAGUCGACGAACAUGCCUGGGGUGGACAUUCGAGUGACCGGCUUCGGUGACACGCCAGAAAUCGAGUGGCUUGAUCCGAGCAAAGUAAUAUUUCCUUUUUACAACUCUAUCUAAAAGAAACCUUGAACUGGAAAGCAAAGUAAAAAGAACCAUGUCUUGAGGCGUCAUCAGAAUUUUAGUUGACUAGGGAAUGAUCUCCAUUCGCAGUGAGACUUUUGAAAGAAACUAGGUUCUUAGUUUUUCGCACUGAUUCCAAAUCUAGUCUCAAAAACUGCUCUCGAGGCCUGUGAAAAAAAUUUAGAGGCUUUUAAAAUUCAAAAGUUUCAGUGAGUCCGAUCGACCUAUUUUUGGGUAUAUAGUCUUUGUUUCCCUUGUCCCCCAAUGAAGUUUCAAAUUCUUAACUUUAUCUUUUGAGGCUUGAAUUUUUUUUCUUUUUUUCGAAUCAGAAAAUUUCAAAAUAUGCCUCAGCCGGCUAUUAGCAAGUUCUCUUCAAAAUUCCUUUCUGAGGGAAUUUUCGCGAAAGGGCUGAGUCUUUAUCAAAAAUCGUACAGAGGACGUCUCAAAACCUUGAGACCUCUUUUGCUCUUUUGAAAAACGCUCAAGAAAUUUUGACAAUUUACAUUUGGUCUUCUUUUGUGAAGAGAAAAAUAUUCCGGUAGAGAAAAAGGUGCCUCUGAAGCAGUUUCUCUCUGGAGAAAAUUAUUCGCGGUUGAACAGUUUUAGUUCUAACUAGGGACGUUUUUUACCCACCUGUUGAAAUUUCGAUGAAACUUCGCUUAAGUGUACUUCAGGACCUCCUGAUUGCAGAACAAGAAAAAAUUUUUCGCAAUAAACCUUAUUUUCGAGUUAUGAAGCUUCAAGUUCCGCAAAAUACACAAACUCUGACAAAAAACGCUUUUCAAGCCUAGUAAAAACCAACAAGAAUAAUCAGCGAAACGUAAAACUUCAGGCUUCUUCUGGACGAUAUUUCUUCGACCUGGUUGACAUGAUGUCUUCAUGGGGAUACACUCGAGGGAAAAACGUCGUUGGUGCUCCUUACGAUUGGAGGAAAUCUCCUAGUCAGUUUGCAACUCCAUUUUGAGAAAAACAAAAUAUUAUUUUAAGACGAGUUGAGCGAUUAUUUUGUUACACUGAAAAAGUUGAUCGAAGACACCUAUCGGUACAACGAUAACCAAAAAGUUGUGCUCGUGGCUCACAGCAUGGGAAACCCUGUCACUUUGUACUUCAUGCGCAAUUUUGUAGACCAGGUAAUCGCGUUUUUAUUUUUUCAAUGAAACAUCGGAAGUUUUCAAUAUUCACAAUGGAAGAAGUAGUCGUUCAGAAAGUUACAGUCAAUUUUUUGUCGUGAAUAUUUUUUGAUAUUUUAUCGAAAAUUCUCAUGGAAUUUUUACAAAAGAUUCAUGUAAAUCAUUAAGCUCAGUCCUAAAAAUCUCCCAGAACUGAAAACCGUUUGAAAAACGGUCUAGAAAUGCGCAAAAUGAAUUAUAAUGAAUACAGCGGGUAAACCGUGAGAUUUCGGCCGCAGUACUAAAAUUUUGGUUUCUUAGCGCGCCACUGAAAUUUUCGUAACUUGGCUAAAACUCAAUAUUUUUUCAUAAACUAAUUUUAUUUGACUAUUUGACGAUACGCUCCUGCGGAUGAUGAAAGUUUCGAUAAGAAGUUCGCAGAUUCUAGGAAUGACUUGCUGUUCCAAAAAUAUGUAUCGAGAAAAAUGCAAAAAUCAGAAUUUUCAAACUGUGCUGAGAAACCUAAUCUUGAGUUUUCCGUGAAGUAAAUAGUUACAAUACGAAAUCUGCAUUUUCUAAAAAAUUUUUGUUUUUCGAAAAAUAAGAGUCGAACGUUUUUCAACUCAAGUUUUUGCAUGUCUAAAAAGAACGACUUUUUUCUUCAAAAGAUGAAAAAAAGGGGGUGACCCUAAACUCCUAAAGGGACCGCCUUGUUUUUUUACUCCUACAGGGGCCACUUACUCGACCCUUCUAGGAGCGGUUAUUCCCCCUAACCCCUACAGGGACCAUUCUGGAAUUCCUAUGUUAAAAUAAAAAAGAAAUGAACUUUUUAGAGUUCCCAGAGUUGCAAUUUUUCUCUCGAUGCACAUCUGAAUUGCAGCCGUGGAAAGACAAGUUCAUCGCGUCUCUGGUGUCGCUGGCGCCCCCGUGGGGGGGCUCGAUGCAGAUCGUGAAGCUGUUCGCUUCCGGCUACAACAUGAACUACUACCGCGUGAUCUUGCCGCCAAGUCAUCUGCGCGCAAUGCAACGUUCUUUCACCUCUUCCGCCUUUCUCUUCCCGAGCUCCCACGUCUGGGGCGCCGACGAGGUUUUCGCCACCACUGAAACAACCAACUACACAGUGAGUUUUCGAACUUUUUGCACUCAGUCUUCAUUUUCGGUGUUAAUUUUCCGAAGUUAAAAGCAAUUCUUUUGACUUACCGAUGUUCAAACUUAUAAUAGAGGUAGUUUUUUUGUUGUAAAAAGUUUUUUUCAUGAAAUAUUCAAAUACUUUUUUUCAAAUACCUAACUUUUUGCGAAGUUUGAGUUUUUAAAUUAAGAAUUCUUAAGUAUUGGUAAUGAAUACGUGUCUGAAAAAAAUCAAAUCUUGAAAAAUAGAAAGCUUGCGCAGUUCCCGAUUUUUUUGGGGGGUAGAGGUUUCACCAAAGGUGAACCUUUAGAUCGAUACGAGUAGGUACAGGUAAGCGACCUUUGGUGAGGUAGCUACGGGGUUGCUGCUUAUUAGCUACCUUCAUGAUAACGUUACGCUCGUUAGAAGUCAUACCUCGUAGCAUCGCGAUACCCCUCCGGUAGUACCCAGGAACCAUAGAGAGUCGCAUAAAAACGACCAUACGCCGAUUGACUUUGAAGUUGCUACCCGGUAACUACUUGUAUCGAGCAGUGAAGGUUUUUUUUUUACCACUAUUUUACUUCUUCCUUGAGGUGUCGAACGUGGAGCAGUUCUUCACGGAUUUGGAUUACAAACUCGGCUGGGAGCAAUAUAAGCGGGCGGCGAAUCUGAACGGCGACCUCUCGGCCCCUGGUGUGCCUGUUCGUUUUACUUUACUAUUUUUUUUUAUUAUUUGAUACAUGCCUCAGUUUCCAUAUUAUUUUUCAUUGAGAGAUUCAGGUACAUUGUAUUUACGGAACCGGUGUCGAUACUCCUGAGAAGCUCACUUGGCCAAAAGGGUUUGAAUUUUUUUUUUCUCUUUCUUUUGCAUUGUGGUCAAUAUCCCGCAACUUGGAAGGCAAUUUUACUUUUCAUAUUUUACUUGGAUGAAUAGGAAAUUUUUUUUUUCAUUUUUUCCACUGUCGAUUGGCCUCGAAAUUCUGUCCAAAAGCCGCGUCGCUGACGUUCAAGAAACUUAGGGACUCCAGAGUGGUCCCUAUAGAAGCAACCUUAGGAGCUCUUGGAAGGUCCCCUCAAGGGACCACUUUACCAACCCCUAACCCUUAAAAAAGGCGUAAAUUUUUUUUCACUGAAACGAGAAAAAAAUUUUUCGUAGAUUGCCGAUUAUUUGAAAAAAAUUUUAUGAUAAGUUAUCACACUAAAUAAACUUCUUUGGAUUCGAAUUUUUCAAAUAUUGCACCUAUACAUUUUGAGAAUUAACGAGUCAACAGGGCCACCACGAAAAAAUCUACAGAAUUGCGUUCGUUUUGCUCAUAAAUCUUGAUUGUUUACAUUAACACUAGUUGAUUGCCUUUUGGGUGGCUGGAUGCUCCGAUUACCGCGCCAGACGUUCCUCGAGGUUAUUACAAUAUUUAUGUAGUCUUGCGCAACGGAGCGUCUUCUCGAUGACGCUAUGUUGAGUUCAAAAAAAGCUUGGUUGCAGGUACUUCCCGGACUACCAGCCGAUUCAGAUAAAUGGCGACGGCGACGGAACUGUCAACAAGAGAUCUGCAGCCGUCUGCGCCAGGUGGAAGAACGCAAACGCCGGUCAUCGGGUCAGUCUUCAAUUAUUCAGCUUUUUUUCGAAUUUACGGUCCCUAGUUAGUGGAGAGUUUAUUUUAGUAUAGAAACACGAUAGCAUAAGUUAUGUCCAAAAGGAAAAUGCCAUUUCCGUUUGUAACUUCUAUCAAACUUCCAUGCAAAGAAUGAAGUUCUCUCUUGAAAAACGUGAUUUUCAAACUUUUUUUAUUUAGAAGUAACAAAAAAAAAAUCAACGAGUAAGCCUAGAAUAUAUAGGCCACGAGAAUUCCACCAAAAAAAGAGUAAUAUUCUAUUUUCUACGCCCUGUGACCUGAAAGAUAGCCUAAAAACUUUACCAAGGUCAAACUGCUGCGGAUUUUUGUAUUUGUGAUUUCAUUAUAACUCUUUCUUAUUGAACUUUUUCAUGAGACCGUGAAAACGAGUCAUUUUGAGAUGGAAUGAGUGAGAAUUUUGGCAGCUCUUGUCGCUCUUUUUUUAAUCAAUGAAUUUUGAUCUUCGAAGCUCCGUUCGUCGUCAGGAAAGCAAUAAAUCGGUGUUGACUUGAUUUAAUGUUAGAAACAUUAUUGUUAAAAACUUUGAAUGAACGAUGAACCUAAAAAUUUUGGUUGCUUUUUCAACAGUGCACGGGCUUUGGUGACGCGAAACGGACGUUUCUGAGCUCCAGGGGUCACUCAAGAGGGCUAACGUUACUAAAGUGGUCACUAGAAAUUCCCCGACAAGUCCGAUUCGCGUUACCAAUGACCGAGUGGCACCAAAAGAAAAAAACGUAAACAAAUUUUUCAAGCCUCAUUUUUCCUCCAUUUCCAGAUUUCAAAUGAAACCUUUCUUUUAUCAUAAGCUCAGUUUUCUAUUGUAUGAUUCUUGUUGGAGUCAGAGUUACAAAUCUACUUGAAAAUUCAGAAUUUUUUUGAAAUUUUGUGCUCAAUUCCUGAUGCUUUCAAACCGGUACGUUUCCCCAUUUUUGGUAGGGGAACUCGAUAAAUUACUGCCCUGGAAAAAGUGAAAGAAUUUCGAACUUCAAAGGCAUGAAAGUUGUGAGAAUCGUUCAGACAUCUAAGAAGACAAAGGUUUUAGGUAGAAACCACUAAAAUGACCUCUUUGAUGAGAAAAACAUAAUGCAGUUUCAGGUAACUGUCCACGAGGUGUUCAAAGCCGAACACAUGGCAAUCAUGCGGGAUCCGACGGCACUGGAACUCGUCCGAAAGGCCAUCUACCAACAGCUAUAA